AGCGAGGUGGAGGUUGGAAAGGCCACACAUUCUCCAAACAGCUCUGUGGCGUGGCCUUAUCAUCGUUUUCUCUUAAACCCCUAUCUCUUCGCCGUUUUCACUCACUCCUCUCCUUUGAGGGAAAAAUGGCUUCUACUUCUAUCGUAGGUGUUUCCUCCAUAUAUCAAACUCCCACUCCCUCUGUGGAACUAUACAAGAGGUCUACUUCAUCCGUCAGGUUGCAAUUUCUAGACUCCAAGUCACACUUCAACAACCUCCUCAGAGCUCACCGUCACUUUGGGUUUAAGCCCACACUCACUUUUGUUCCUUCCGCCAUUGCCACCCCUAAUUCUUCUCUCCUCAGCGAAGAAGCUUUUAAAGGUAUAGGUCGUGGCUUCGACGACGACGACGAUGCCCAAAACGACGACGACUUUGGCUUUUCCUCUGAAACCGACGCUUCUUCUCCUAACCCCGAUGAACUCGACAUUUCCAAGCUCGGUUUGCCCUCCCGCCUUGUCGAUUCACUCCGCAACCGUGGGAUUACCCAUCUUUUCCCCAUCCAGAGAGCCGUGUUAGUACCUGCACUAGAAGGUAGAGAUAUCAUUGCUCGGGCAAAGACUGGAACUGGGAAGACACUAGCAUUUGGGAUUCCAAUUCUAAAAGGUCUCAGUGAAGAUGAGCAUGCAAGUCCUCUCAGGCGGUCUGGUCGUCUUCCUAGAGCAUUGGUGCUUGCACCUACCAGGGAGUUAGCAAAGCAAGUGGACAAAGAGAUUAAAGAAUCUGCGCCUUAUCUAAACACAGUUUGUGUUUAUGGGGGCGUUUCUUAUGUUACCCAGCAAAGUGCUCUUACACGUGGCGUUGAUGUAGUGGUUGGAACUCCUGGUAGAAUAAUUGACCUUAUAAAUGGGAACAGCCUUAGACUGAAUGAGGUUCAGUAUUUGGUCCUCGAUGAAGCUGAUCAGAUGCUUGCUGUUGGGUUUGAGGAGGAUGUGGAAAUAAUUUUAGAUAAGCUCCCACCUAAGAGGCAGAGCAUGCUUUUUUCUGCAACCAUGCCGGCUUGGGUGAAGAAAUUGGCAAGAAAAAAUUUGGACAAUCCGUUGACAAUUGAUUUGGUUGGUGAUGAAGAAGAAAAGCUUGCUGAAGGGAUAAAACUUUAUGCUAUAUCAGCCACUGCCACUUCAAAGAGGACAAUUCUUUCUGAUCUUAUAACCGUUUAUGCAAAGGGUGGGAAGACUAUAGUUUUUACGCAGACAAAAAGAGAUGCUGAUGAAGUAUCAUUGGUAUUAACAAAUAGUAUAACUUCUGAAGCACUGCAUGGUGAUAUAUCCCAGCAUCAGAGAGAGAGAACAUUGAAUGGUUUCAGGCAAGGAAAAUUCACGGUGCUUGUUGCCACGGAUGUUGCAGCCCGUGGACUUGAUAUUCCCAAUGUUGAUUUGAUUAUCCAUUAUGAGCUUCCCAAUGAUCCUGAGACUUUCGUACAUCGCUCUGGUCGUACUGGGCGUGCAGGAAAAGAAGGCACUGCCAUUGUGAUGUACACCAGUAGCCAGAGGAGAACAGUUAGAUCCCUUGAGCGUGAUGUUGGCUCCAAAUUUGAAUUUGUUAGCGCGCCAGCUAUGGAAGAGAUUUUGGAGUCAUCUGCUGAGCAAGUUGUUGCCACACUUAAGGGAGUUCAUCCUGAGUCUGUUGCGUUUUUCACCCCAACUGCACAAAAACUGAUUGAAGAACAAGGAACAAGUGCCCUUGCAGCUGCACUAGCUCAGCUGAGUGGAUUCUCCCAACCUCCGUCCUCCCGGUCUCUUAUCAGCCAUGAACAGGGAUGGGUUACGUUGCAACUGACCCGAGAUGAUAAUUCUAAAAGAUUUUUUUCAGCAAGAUCAGUCACUGGGUUUCUUUCUGAUGUUUAUUCUGCAGCUGCUGAUGAAGUUGGAAAAAUACAUUUAAUUGCGGAUGAAAGGGUUCAAGGAGCCGUUUUUGAUCUUCCAGAGGACAUUGCUAAAGAGUUGCUUAACAAGGAAAUACCACCUGGAAACACUAUUUCCAAGAUCACCAAGUUACCUGCUCUGCAAGAUGAUGGACCUCCAGGUGAUUUCUAUGGGAAGUUUUCUGACAGAGAUCGAAGUAACCGAAGAGGUACAGGUUCUAGGGAUCGAAGAGGCUUUAAGACCUCACGGGGAUGGGAUGGGGGCCGAGACUCCGAUGAUGAGUUUGGUGAUCCGUUUAAGAGAGGUGGUAGAAAUGUUAGAACUGGCAACAGCUGGUCUCGAGCUGGAAAAAGCAGUGGCGAUGAUUGGCUAAUAGGAGGUAGACGACCAAGCAGGUCUUCAUCGUCAGACAGGUUAUAUUUUGGCGGGUCCUGUUUUGUUUGUGGGGAAUCUGGGCAUCGAGCAUCGGAUUGUCCAAAUAAGCGAGGCUUUUAGUUCCCACAUAUUUAUUUUGGGUGCCGCUUUGUUCCAAUACGUGAACUGGUGUCAUUGUUGUUGGCCUAAUGGGUUCAGGAAAAUUGGAAGCUGCUUUCGGAAAGAAUCAGAGUCGAUAUUAAUUUGCAUCUCACGGGUUGACGUAA